GUAAAACCUUUUAAUGUCCAAGAAGCGACUCUUUUUAUGUUUCAUCAUCAAAGCGACACACGCACCCACCCACUCUCUCUCUGUUCAACUUUCUUGCUUUUUACAUUAUCAAGCCUAGCUAGCUCCGUCAAGGCUAAGGGAGAUCCAUCUAUCUAGAAGUCUCCUCAAUCUCCAAGACACAAUACUCUGGGUCUAUAAUAGCUGAAGCUAAUGGAGUUCUAUCAGUGUGUCUUUCAGACGAUGAGGAUGGUCAUUGUGAUUAGUGUGGUAAUGGUGCAAUGGUUCGGUAUCAUAGCCAGUCUUAAGUGGAUAUGGAAGAAUUGGUUCAUUAUUGUGGUGACAUGGAACGUAAUAGCCAGUCUUGGGUGGAUAUGGAAGAGUAGGUUCAGUUGCAUGGUUGAAACCCCAGAGCCAAUAUCAGAGGAUAAUCAAGAACUGGUUGACGUCGAUGCCUCUGCAUCUCUUCCUUCAUCAUCAGCUGAAUCAUCAGCUCCUAGGUGGAAGCAUGAUGUGUUUUUGAGUUUCCGCGGUGUAGACACUCGCAAAGGUAUUGUAUUCGAAUUAUACGAUCGACUGCAAAACAGGAGAAAAAUCAAAACAUUCAUGGAUGACCAAGAUCUUCAAGUAGGGGAUGUUAUUUCUCCCACUCUCCUACUGGCAAUUAAAGAAUCAAGGUUUGCAAUUAUUGUUCUCUCUCCAAACUAUGCCUCUUCCACUUGGUGCUUGGAGGAACUUAGAAACAUUUGUGAAUGCAUGAAAGAAGACAACAAUAGAAUUCUGCCACUUUUUUAUAAUGUGGAUCCUAGUGAUGUACGAAAUCAGAAGAUGAGUUUCGGAGAUGCUUUCACUAAGCAUGAAAAAUCUGGGAAACACAUAUCAGGAAAGGUGCAGCAGUGGAGAGAUGCUUUAGAAAAAGUGGCAAAUUUCUCUGGAUGGCAUAUACAGAAUUAUAAAACUGAAAGAGAACUUGUGGAUGCUAUUGAGGAAUCAGUGUGCAAUAAAUUACGACCUACUGAACAUGAGUUUAUAAUGUCCUUCGGAGGUUUUGAAGCAUUUGAAGCAACAAAACAAGCCAUUGUUAAGGUCGUGAAUGCGCUAAAAAAAGAUGAGGCCACUACCAUUGGAGUCUACGGAAUGGGGGGCGUUGGAAAGACGACAAUGGUGAAAUAUGUUGGAGCACAAGCCCAAAAAUGUAGGCUUUUUAAUCAAGUGAUUAUGGCUGUCGUAUCCCAAAACCCCGACUUGAUGAAAAUUCAAGAGACAUUUGCAGAACUGCUGGGCUUGAAAUUGGAGGAGAAGACAGACAUUGGAAGAGCCAGUAAAUUGAAGGAGAAGAUAUUGAAAGGAACUGGGAUCCUCAUAAUCUUGGAUGACAUUUGGAAGAGCAUAGACUUUUCAAGCAUUGGAAUUCCAAGCCACAACGAACUUCAACGAUGCAAUUCCAAAGUUCUACUGACUACCAGAAAAUUGAGUGUUUGCCAUUCCAUGGAUUGCCAUGCAAACAUACAUCUCAAUAUCUUAUCAGAAGAAGAUUCUUGGAGCUUAUUUGUGAAGGAAGCAAGGAAGUACCCUCUUGACAAAUCAUCCACUUUCUAUGAUGUAGCACGUAAGGUGGCUGGAGAAUGCGCCGGUCUACCAGUUGCUUUGAUAGCAGUUGCGAGGGGCCUUCGGGAUAAAUGUUUGGAUGGAUGGAAAGAAGCUGCUCGACGACUACAAGCGUCCCAACCUCCCAACCCUGAAGAUGAGGGAGAUGUGUUCAAAUGCAUAAAGUUAAGCUAUGAUUACUUGAAAUCUGAUGAUUCCAAAUCAUGCUUCUCGCUUUGCUGCCUGUUCCCAGAAGAUUAUGAUAUACCAAUUGAAUACUUGCUCAUGUAUAGAAUUGGGAAAGGAAUGUUUCAAGAUUCCAACAUGCUAGAAGCCCGAGACACAACAUAUUCAGUGGUGAAGGACCUUAAAGAUUCUAGCUUGCUUUUAGACGGUAGAGAUGACGGAUGUGUAAGGAUGCAUGAUGUCAUUCGGGAUAUGGCAAUAUUAAUGAUGUCAUUAUCUGAAGAAGGUCAGCGGUUCUUGGUGAAAAUUGGCUGUGAAUUGAAGAAUUGGCCAAAGAUUGAUGCACAUAAAGGCUACUCUGCAAUCUCACUAAUGAAGAACAAAAUUUGCAAGCUACCCGAAGAGUUGGUAUGUCCAAAUCUCCAGAUUUUAUUACUACAACACAAUGCUUCUUUAAAUGAGAUCCCAAAAUCAUUUUUCCAGAGUCAGAAUGAAUUGAGAGUCUUGGAUCUUAGCUACACUCGUAUUUCAUUACUACCCCAAUCAAUCAGUUUUCUAACCAACCUUCAAGCUUUGUAUUUAGAUUAUUGCAGGAACAUAAUUGACAUUUCUGUAAUCGGAAAACUUCACAAGCUUGAGAUUCUUAGUAUGAGAGAAUGUGCUCUGGAAGAAUUGUCAAGAGAAAUAGGACAGUUGACCAAUCUAAGGAUGCUGGAUGUCAGUGCUGUACGUAUUCGCACAAUCCCAUCUAAAGUGAUAUCCAAGUUGCAUAAGUUAGAAGAACUGUACAUGGAAUGUGGAUUUUUGGACUGGGGGAGUAAAGUUGAUGGAGAAGGAGAAGAAACUAAUAUUGGCUUUGAUGAAUUAGCUGGUUUAUUAUAUUUAAGCAUUUUGACAGUUUGCAUAUCGAAUGCAAAUGGCAUCCCUAAAAGUGUUGAGGUCGAACCGAAUUGGGUUUACUUCGAUAUCAGUAUUUGCAGCGGCCAUAAUGGAGAGAGAGUCAUUAAAAAACUUCGAUCCGGUUGUAAUUGUAGAUCCUUGAGCCUUUAUAGAACUGACACAACCAUAGGAACCUUUCCGGACUGGUUUGUCAACGCUGUGGUAAAGAAUACUGAGAGGCUGCGUUAUAGAAAAUGCAGAGGGUUAAGUAACAUUCUUGUGGAAUAUGACCGUGGGAGGUUUCAUGGACUGAAAGUUCUCUCUGUAAUUGGUCGGUGUACGAACUUGAAAGAAUUGAUGAAUGCAAUAACAUGUGUUCCAUAUAUGCCUGUGCUUGAGAACUUGGAAGAGUUGUAUCUGGGAGACCUGUAUCACCUGAGGCAGUUAUGUGUUGGAGAGUUACCACCUGGAUCUCUCUGCCGUCUGAAAUUAUUGAAGGUCUGUAUGUGUCCUAUUUUUGGGAAUGUACUGUUGCCAUCAAAAUUAUUGCAGAAACUAGAAAAUCUGGAAAAACUAAUCUGUGUGACAAGUAAAGUGGAACAUGUUUUUGGAUGUGAAGGAUUUGAGCCAGAUCAAACAAAUCUGAGAGAGAUGGUGUUGUUCGAUCUACCCGUAGUAAGAAGCAUGUGUAAUGGUCCUGCUCCAUGUGGAAUGUUCCAGAUUCUAAAGAAAUUGGUCAUUGAGAAAUGCAACUUCCGGGGAAGUCUCUUCACAUUUGAUGUAGCUCAGUGUCUUUUUCAAUUGGAAAACCUUAUUGUAUCCAAAUGCCCUGUCUUGGAAAGAGUAAUCGAAGCUAGAAGGGAAAUAUUGAACAACAAGAAGACCGUUCUUCCAAAAUUGAAGAACUUAUGUUUGCGAUAUCUUCCGAAGUUGUACGACGGAAGUGAUACUAUUGAUUUUGAGUGUCCUUCAUUGGAAAACUUGUGUAUGCAGGAGUGCCCCCACUUGCCAUUUCCAUCCUCUGUUUCUGACUACUUCCACAGCAGGAAUCAAGUUCUUUGUAAGAAUUUUCAUCUUUUCGAUGAUGUUCGUUGUCUGAAUCGGAUGCGCAGACGGCGACUCAUAGAGUAUGUCGCUGGGUCAUAAACUUAAUUCAUUUUUCUUUUUCCCUUAUGGCCUUCAACGCCGUGAGGUCAGCCGUGACCUUAGACCCGUCAACUCGCAUACGACUGGGAAGAUGAAACUAUGAUUGGAGUUGUAACCAGAGGGACUUUUAAGGGACACGGAGAAAGGCACGUGCAUCGGAGAGAUAAGGUUCCAAGACUAAAAAGUCUUCUCCGUCAUUGAAGAGUCUUCAGAAAACCUUAAAUGGAAUGUUAUGGUCUCAAUUUCAUGGUGAUGUUGUUGGCAGCCUGAGAUAUCAAAACGACGAGGGAGGAAAUGCUGGCUGUAAUUGUUUUUUGCCGCCUAAGCUCAGUUAGUAGAUGAAUUGGCUCAACUUGCCCAUAACAAGAUCAAAACUAAUUCCGGGUUUUGGUUGCAGCUGGUGUUUGUGCGGUAAUUGGGCAGCUCUCCAACCCUUUCACUAAUGUAAUUCUGUAUGGCAAAGAGUUUGAUUUCAAGUCAACCCUUCAGGCUCCACGCAUUCCUUUGCACUAGUGGCUACUGCAAUAACGCUUGGCCUUGAAAGGGGCUGUUGUUUAUGCAGGCAUUGUGAUGUAUGAUGCCCAGAUAGGGCAGUUCUGUGCUUUUGAAAUCCAUACUGCAGCUUGACAGUAUUUAUACUUGGGAAUUCCUUUAGUGAUAUAUUGGAAAGAUGCAUUUUCUACUUAUGUUGCUUUGCCACUUCAACAAGCUUUACUUUCAGUAAUACAAAGGUACGCACUUAUCUGGGGUCCUUUCUUUUUGGUAUGUCAUUUUUGGCUAUUUGUGGUUUGGAGAUGCACGUAUGAGACAGUAAGAAGAGACAACUAAGGACUUUGUGUCCAAGUUGGAACUUAAGCUCGGCUAGAAAGUCUUAGAUGUUGGCUGUGGCAUUGGGGGAUGUGACUUUUACAUGGCCAAUACGUUUGAUGUUGAUGUUGUUGGCAUUGACCUCUCUGUAAACAUGAUUUCCUUUGCCCUUGAACAAUCCAUUGGACUCAAAUGUGCUGUUGAGUUUGAAGUUGCUGAUUGCACCACGAAAACAUAUCUUGACAAUAACUUUGAUGAUAUACAGCCGUGACACCAUUCUGCACAUUCAAGACAAGCCUGCAUUGUUCUGAUCCUUUUACAAUUGGUUGAAGCCAGGAGGCAAAGUUCUCAUCAAUGAUUACUGUAGGAGUGCUGGCACUCCGUCGGUUGGAUUUUCUGAGUACAUUAUGCAAAGAGGAUAUGAACUCCAUGAUGUAAAAGCAUGUGGUCAGAUGCUCAAGGAUGCUGGUUUUGAUUAGGUCAUUGCUGAGAAGCGUACUGAACAGUCCUGCAGCGGGAAUUGAAUGCUGUUGAGAAGGACAAGGAAGCAAGCAUUCAUCCAGGAUUUUUCUGAAGGUUGGCGUUAGAGCUUGCUGUGGAGUACGAAGGAAAGCAUGAUAACAAUAAUGCGUGUAGAUGAUUGCAUUGUUGUACAAGUUUGGACCCAGAGGAUACCAUUAUAAAAUCCUUCACACACAUGCUUAGCUUGGCUUGCUUGGCAGCGGAGGUCCACAUCGCUGUCCACAGAAAAAGGGUGACUCUGCAGAUGAAGGAGCAGGUGUAAUUUGUGUUCCUCUUGGUCCUCUACGAGGCUAGACAAGGCCUCAGAAUUUUUUCAGGCAAACAUGAUUUGUUUUCAAGAGACAGUUACUUGUUUAAUAAUUUAUUUGCUCUGUUUUACAAUGUUCAAUUGUAAAACUGGUGUAACUGUAUGUUUCUAAUUUUUACAUGUGCUUUGCUUUGCCGUA